AUGAGGACUCAGGAUACGGUGUUCACCGGGAAUCCUUUCUGGUUGUUGCUACGACGGAGGUUUCAUGAAGAGAGCUUGCGCAAAAUAUACUGGAUUUCAUGCGCGAAGACACCAUUGAACCACGUAAACUGUUUUCCCGCAAUAAAUGUUUUGGCGAGCAUCCCAAGAUGCCUAGGCCCGGACAAUCAACGAGGAAACUUCAUUCGCCUCAACACUUCUCGGCCGAGAAUAGAAGAGCAGAGAUCGCCAGUUGCAAGCAGUACCAACACCCUUCAAGUUCCAGGCACCUCACGCCAAAUGGGAGCAUCGGAUGAGAUGGCUGGUCAAAAUGAAGAAUUGAGGCAGAAAGAGUCAGAAUUAGCCAGAAUAAGGCAAGACUUGGACAAUCUUAAGCAAAAACUGGCUCGUAAAGAAGAAGAAGAAGCUCAACGCAGAGAACGAGAAGAAGCUACUCAUAGGGAGUUAGAAAAAGCUCGAUGCAAAGAGCGAGAAAUGAAUAAAAAGAUCGAAGAAUUAACACGUCAAACUAAAGAGUUAAUUCGUCGAAUUGAAGAGUUAACUCAUCAACGUGAAGAACAAGCUCGUGAAACACCUCCGAGAGCACAACCAGUAAUGAUAGAUUUGACGACUCCACCUGUCAUUGUAAAGAAGGAAGUAGAAAGUCCGGCCCCAGAGGAUGAAAAUGAUGAAGAAAUUGAUGAAGAAAGUCACGAAGGAAGUAUCAAUAUUGAAGAUACGUUAGUUGGGAUGAGUGAAGACGAAGCAGAUGACAAUGAUGAGGAUGAUGAACAGGGCAAUAAUGAUGAAGGAGACAAUGCCGAUGAGGAUAAAAGUCGAGUAAGUGACGUGAAAGAUGAUAGCAGUGAAGAAGAAGAGGAUGACGAUAAAGACGCUGAAGGAGAAGGCGAAGAGGAUGACGAUGAAGACGCUGAAGAAGAAGGCGAAGAGGAUGACGAUGGAGACGCUGAAGAAGAAGGUAAAGAGGAUGACGAUGGAGACGCUGAAGAAGAAAGCGAAGAGGAUGACGAUGGAGACGCUGAAGAAGAAGGCGACGAAGAAAGUGAAGACGAUGAGGAUGACAACGGAGAAAGUGAUGAUGCUGAUCCUGACCCGAGCACUCCAUCACCAGGUCCAUCCCGAGUGUUCAAAUCGAAAAGGCGAGCAGGAAAAAGACCCUCAAGAUGUUCAGGCUUACAUACUCCACGUCGGCCGAGAAAAAAAUAUGCCAAAAUUACCUCAGGAAAAAGAAGAAUUGAGUUCUUCAAAGAAUUACAUUUAGACAAGGUAGAGUCUGGGCAAAUUUGGUUUGGAAAAAAAGCAUACAAAGUUGAUAACCCAGACCGAUUAAAAAAUACCGAUUGGGAGAACGAGAUAGAACCGUUGCCAAAUCGACGUGAAGGUCGGUGUAAAACAUGUAACAAAGAAAUGUCUCCUCGAAAAAUAGUUGAUCACGUAUGGGCAAAACACCUGAAAGAAACAUUGUCUUGCCCCAUUUGCAACACGGGGAACUUUAAAUAUGUUUGGGCAAUAAAAAAACAUCAGAAGCGCGAUAAUUGUCGGCCAAAAUAA